UUUGCAACCCAGCGGGUGGACCAUUGCCAGGUCCCGCUCCUCCUCCUAAUCGCAAAAUAUGCUGCUCCCAGCCCAGGGGCUCGGCAAGUAAGCAGGCUUUUUCUGCAGGCAGGAGCUCGGAAACCUGUAGCGUCUAAGGCUGCCGCGGCAGCAACGGGGAGGAGGAAGAGCCUUCUAGCGCCAGUAACCACUCCCCAAAGGGACAGUCAUUAGGGGGUGGAGAGCCAGCGCUAGGUGCGGGGGAAGCUGCUGUUGGUACGCAUGGAAUGAGCAGCAGCCCCCCGAGUGCAGGAGGCAGCCAGGCAGAGCUAGCGGCGGCCCGGAGCAGCAGCAUCCCGGUCCUGCCCGAACCACUUCCCUUCCCGCGGCAACUCUGAGCGCCUCCGGGCACCGCCAUGGGCUCCCCACAGAAGCCGCCCCUCGCUCACCUCUUCAAAGGGACCUUCGUGCACGCCAGCCGCUCCUCGCCCAUGGACGUGCUGCACGGCCACCUGCUGGGCGUGGGCGACGACGGGAGAAUUGUGUUUUUGGAGCAGGCAGAUCAGCAGGAGCAACUAGCAAAGAAGUGGGGCUUCAAAGCAUCUGAUAUAAGAGAGCUUAGUAAUCAUGAAUUCUUCAUGCCAGGAAUGGUUGAUACACAUAUCCAUGCACCUCAGUAUGCAUUUGCUGGAACAAGAGUAGAUCUACCUCUUUUGGAAUGGUUAAACACAUAUACGUUCCCAACAGAAGCCAAAUACAAAGAUAAUGAUUUUGCUGAAGAAGUAUACACCAGAGUUGUAAGAAGAACGCUAAAGAAUGGCACGACUACAGCAUGCUACUUUGCAACAAUUCACAGAGCUGCUUCUUUGCUACUUGCUGAAAUUAUAGAUAAAUUUGGUCAGCGAGCAUUUGUUGGAAAAGUUUGCAUGGAUAUCAAUGAAAUUGUUCCAGAAUACAAGGAAACCACUGAUGAAUCUGUCAAGGAGACAGAAAGGUUUGUUAAAGAACUACUGGAAAAGAAAUAUCAAAAGGUACAACCCAUAGUGACGCCUCGUUUUGGACCUUCCUGCACUGAGAAGUUGCUAAGUAGACUUGGUGACUUUGCGAAGGCUCAUGAUAUCCAUGUGCAGAGUCAUAUAAGUGAGAAUGAUGGAGAAAUCAAACUUGUGGAGCAAAUGUUUCCCGACUAUAAAAAUUAUACUGAUUUAUAUGAUAAAACCAAGCUACUUACAAGCAAGACUGUGAUGGCCCAUGGCUGUCAUCUCUCUGAUGAAGAGCUGAAACUUUUUAGUCUUCGAGGAGCUGCAAUUGCCCAUUGCCCCAAUUCAAACUUUUCGUUGUGCAGUGGCAUUUUAAACGUACAAAAUGUUCUGAAGCACAAUGUGAAGCUUGGUCUUGGCACAGAUGUUGCUGGUGGGUAUUCAGCUUCUAUGCUUGAUGCUAUCAGGAGAGCGAUGUCUGCAUCUAAUACCCUUCUACUCAAUAAAGUGAACAAUGCAGCCUUAACUCUUAAAGAGGCUUUCAGACUAGCAACUCUUGGAGGGAGUCAAGUCCUAGGACUAGAUGAUGUGAUUGGAAACUUUGAAGUUGGCAAAGAAUUUGAUGCACUGCUGAUCAACCCCAAGGCUUCAGACAGUCCUUUUGACUUGUUUGCUGGAGAUACUUUUGAGGAUAUUAUCCAGAAGUUCCUGUAUCUAGGUGAUGAUCGGAAUAUUAAUGAAGUAUAUGUGGCAGGCAAGCAAGUGGUUCCUUUUUCAAGUUCAGUAUAACUUCAUUUCCGUUCUGCAAAACAUUCUAUGGAUCAUUCUGCAUCUAAGUUUGAAGGGAUUGGUUAAAUGCAGUGCCUCAUUGUCAAGAGUGACACCUCAGUUUCUUUGUUUAAUGCUAUGACUUUGAAAAAUGAUUAUGAGCCUUGUUAGAUUACAAUUUACCUUACAAAGAUGAUCACAUUUAUAUAAGAAAAAAGGCUUUUACGUCCAUCUUUACAAGUCACAUUCAUGAGCAGUGGGGGCGUGGGCAGAAGAGAAAGCAGGGGCAGCUAGAUUAAAGCCAGUGCAGUAUACCUACUCUACCAGAGGUUUCAAAUGAAAACCGUGCAGCUGUCUGGAGCUCACGGAUUGCCAGAGCCAAAUGGAAUUCAAACCUUACAUGUUUUUAGUUCUGUUCUAAGCCUAGAACCUCUGGGCCUGGUUCUCUUCACACACAGCAAUUUAUACCAGUUAACUGAAUUGACUUCAGUGGGAUUACUCCUGACUUAAACUGGUGACAGAUCAGACUCAGGCCCAAUGAUUUUUGCAAAUCAGAAAUUUUCUUUUGGUAAAGAAAAUACAUAUUUUUUAAGACCAGAAAGGGAAAGUUCUCCCACCCCAACAGUCAUAACUUCCAAAUUAUCAAGAAGUUGUGUAUAAAAAGCUUUUCCUUUUUUAUGAGAGUGGCUAAAAACAGACAAUCCAUUAAUAUUCUCUGUGUGUUCACAAUAUUUGUAAUUCCUGUAGAAUAUAGUUUUGAACGGAGAUGGAUUUUUAAUAGCAAAACCAGAGCAGUCUAAAUGUAUAGGAUUUACUUGUUCCUGCAAGUGCUUGUCAGGAACCAUUAUUUGUGUUUGAGCACAGAGGCAGGUGCAAUCCCAGUCUGGUUCGCUUCCAGUUUAAUACUGCCCUUUAAUCUUUGAAAAGGUCUGAGAGAUUAAACUCUUCCCUUGAAGAGCACAUUUCCCUAUGUUUUAGCUCUGCCAUUUUGGCUCUGGGGUUAGGCAGCUGGUUUACCUCCUGUUGGCCUAAUGCCUCUUUUUCAUGAUUGCUCUGGAACACAAUGGAAGUGCCCUUGAAUGUAAAUACC